AUGUCUUCUCACGAGACUUUCAGAAUCAAGAGAUUCCUGGCCAAGAAACAAAAGCCAAACCAUCCUAUUCCUCAAUGUAUCUGGAUGAAAACUGGUAACAAAAUCAGGUACAACUCUAAGAGAAGACAAUGGAGGAGAACGAAGCUGGGUCUGUAAGGAUUCACGCAAUGGCAAGACUGAGCGUUUAUACUGAAUUGUGGUCAU